CCCCGACUCUGGGCGUAUAAGUCGCGAUAGCCUAAGGUACCUCGGUCUUUCAGGAUAUAUCAUCUACAAGCGCAGCUUAUAUGCGCAAUUCACAAAUAUCUGUGCUCGUAUCUGAUAAACAGUAAAAUCCCACGAAAUGGCUGCCCGGUCUCCAUCCAUUAUCCGCCGCUCUUUGCUCUAUGUGCCAGGCUCAUCGCAAAAGAUGCUCACCAAGUCUCUCGGUCUCAAAUCAGACAACGUAACUUAUGACUUGGAAGACUCCGUUACACCCUCUCUCAAAGAUACAGCCCGCAAUCAACUGCGUGAGCACAUCUCCAACCUCAAAGCUCGGCCUUCUGGCAUUUCUGAGCUGGCUGUUCGCAUCAACGCUGUUUCUACCCCCUUUGCUCUCUCAGACCUGACCACACUCGCGCCAUUGUCUCAUGUUGACGCUGUCGUGGUUCCCAAAGUCAAUUCUGCGGCUGACCUGACCUUCGUUACUGAUGUUCUCCGACAUGUCGCUCCAGAACGGCACACAGUUGAGGCAGAUAACCCAAUAAAGAUAAUAGCUCUUAUCGAGUCAGCUCGUUCCAUUAUGGACUUGGCUCAGAUAUCAAGGGCAUCUCCCUACUUGAGUGGCUUCAUCUUCGCAGCUGAGGAUUUCGCCCUUGAUCUCUCGCUGACAAGAACCCCGUCUCUGACUGAGUUUCUCUACGCAAGAUCUGCUAUAGUCACCGCAGCCCGAGCAGCCGGAUUGCCAAGUGCAAUUGAUCUGGUUUGCACCUCCUAUAAGGGAGAGCAGGGGCUGAAAACUCUCGAGGAGGAGUGUGCCGGAGGGAAAUCCAUUGGCUUCAACGGAAAGCAAUGCAUACAUCCAAGCCAGGUCGAAGUCGUCCAGCGCAUGUUCGCUCCGGAUCAGAACGAAGUUGAAUGGGCUAUCAGGGUCUCCAUCGCUGAUGAGAAGGCUUCGGCGUCCGGUCGAGGCGCCUGGACCCUAGAUGGUAAAAUGAUUGAUGCUCCCGUUGUUGGCAAAGCUGGUGCUGUCAUUGUCAAAGCAGAACAGUGUGGUAUUGAUGUUCAGUCCUUAAGAAACAAAUGGAAGGACCAAGAACCCGAGUAAUGAAUCCUAACCUAGCUACCUACCGCUAUACCAAAGAUUAAAGACUGGAGUACAUCAUCCUAAAAGUGAUUAGGCCUCCAGAAACCAACCAUUUUCGCAUCUGAGACUCCAUGCUCAUCGUAAUAUUUUCCUGUCCAGUAUCGACUUUG